AUGUCCGGGAUAGAAAUAUUAGGCGUGGUUGCAGCAGCCCUUCAAGUUGCUGAGCUUGGCUCUCGUGUGUCUGUGAAGCUCUGCACCCUCUGUCACAGGACGAGACAUGCGGAUACGGUCAUCAAUGGCCUCUCAAAAGAGGUUGCGCUUACCUGCAACGUCAUGCGUCAGCUGGGUGCCAGCCUCAAGGAAGACAAAGAUGCACAUUUGUACUCUGCGGAGGCGUGUAGUACCGCGGAGACGGUACUGGACGAAUGCCAGAAGGUUUUCGAUGAGAUAAACGAGAUAAUUGACGUUUCGACCAGGUCGAGCUUCCGCCGAAUCGCCUUUGUGCUUGCCGAAGCUCGACGGGACUCCAACUUGACGGUUCUGAGAAGUAACCUGGAGAAGAUGAAGUCGACAAUGCUCCUGAUGCUCAAUGUCAUCAUAUAUGCCGGACAACUUCGCAGACGAGAAAAGGGUCGAGCGCUUCUUGCGCAGCGCAAACUAAUCACUACGCUUGUAGAAGAAGAUAACGCAAAUGAGAGGUACGAUCGGCUUGGCAGAGCCGUACAGCACUGCGACGAACUUCAAGGAUAUUAUCAUGUGGUAAAGGCCAUAUUGCAUGAUAUUGAUGCAGCGCAGGACUGCCUUCACAAGUACCGCUAUCGCAGAAUCCGGAAUGGCAUAGUGAAUGUGCAUAUUGCUGAAAAGCUAGUUCUAAGUCGAAGGUACGGAGAUAAGGUCUCCCAGUACUUCCAAGACCCAUUCUUCGACUUGAUAUCAAAUGAUCCCCCCGGUAUCAGCACACCUUCUAGAGCUCCGUCUUAUCCAACUACCACAGACGGUGGGAGAAUGAAUGGUCAAGUGCGGCAGUAUACCCCCAAUAUGCCCACAACUGCCCUACCUGCUCAAUCAUAUGUCCCGAUAAUGCCUCCCCCACCCCGAUUCCCACCAGGUACAGGAUAUGGGCCCUCCAAUGUGACGACCUCUGCACACCAGAGCAUUGGAUAUGAGACAUGGCGGAAAGAAUCGCUCAAAUGGAUACCUCCACCUCCACCUCCACCUCUACUUGCAGAGCGACUUCGACCUCCAGGGCCCCAGACGAGAAGCGCAACCUGGGUCCCUCAAGGUGGUACUUUCGGUGGGAGCUAUGGAAUACCAGAGUUCAACUCGCAUACUGCCCUUACGAAUGAAAGCCGGGGGUGCGCACCAACGGGAGAGAGACAGCGACCACCAAACUAUCAACCACAAGGCUACUACCCUACUCGUGUAGCUUCAUCUAACGAUAAUAAUGAUCAGUACCCCCCAAUUCUGUCGCCGGCCACACGUCAUGAUGCGCAACAAGGAACUCAGGUUGGUCAGGAACCAUCGUCAACUGCAGACUUGAUAUAUAAGCGCCCGCGGUACAACAGCUCGGAGCCUGCUAUAGAUCGACAGGAUUAUGAAUCAGAUAAGCAAGAUAACGUGCGUCUAUCGCCACAAGAGACACAUGUACACCAUCCCAGCGGCGACAACCCGUCAUCCGACUCUUCCCAAAGCCAAUUCUUUCGUUUUUGGAGAAAGAAGAAGAAAGAAGCAGACCCUACUUAUCCACCGCCCGAAGAGCAAUUUCUGGAGUCGCCAACCAGCCCAGUGAACAGAUGGCCAAACCGUCCUCCCCAUCUCUAUGCGGGAGAAGAGUUCAGCGAUGUUGAUUUGUCACUAUGUGAUGGUCCCCGAGAUGCAUUCGUUUCAAACGGCAAGCAGCUCUCCCCUCGGUCUGAAUCCAUGGAUAAGGGGAAGAAGUGGGCACUGUUUACCUUGAACAAAUUGGACUAUCGUCCGGUUGAUAUCACGGAUAUAGACUCUGCCCAGACUCUGCGCGCUUCAAUCUGCCAAAGUGUCGGUAUCCGUAACCCUAAUACUGUCGAGAUAUUCCUGACGGAGCCGGGUCAAUCGGAGCAUAACGAGCAGCUGAGUGAUGCCAGUCUGGCGUUUUUCAAGACAAAGAAAGCAGAUACUGGUGGUUCACUAAAGUUGCUUGUGCGUGACUCAUCGGUGGACCGUAAUACACGUUGUGCACCGUCAAACUCUGUGGGCCAUGGGAUAUCACUCCCAGAGGCGCUUUCAGCAUCGUCACCAACGGCAGUUCAACACUACUUUAUGGGGACGAAACCGGGAGAAGCUAAUGACUGGCAUGCCAACUCACCGGCGACACCUUCCUCCUCGCAGAUAGCUACAUCUAGACAAGGCCGGAAUGUAUCGCAGGAUCCAGCCAAAGCAUCGUCCGUGGGCACCGUCUGUGACCAGUCUGAUCAGGACGAACUCACCUCAGAUGAUCUCCUAUAUAGGGCUCAAGAACAUCAACAUAACUUCGAGCGGAAACAACGGAACUAUCGCAGAAAAGGGCCUACCCCUCUACUUUCAGACAUUGAUUCCAGGCGAAGCGGCGUUAUUGAUUUCGAUUCUCGGAUAUCACCCGAUGGAGAUAACAUAGAAUCCUAUGUCAAUCCCCUACCUCGCAGGGCUCCACCCACCCGUAGCGCAUCAUCGACCCUAAGGAAGGUCAAUUCUCUCAAGGAAAAGUACAGGAGAUCAGCAGGUCAACCCGGUUCAGGUAGCAAUAUGGCAAGCGCAGCUGGCGAGUCGUGGACAUCUGAUGACGAUAAAACAGGGGCUGUUUGGAAAGGCCCGGAUUUUGACUUUGCAGGCAAGUGUCUCGCCUUUUAUCGCGUCGUUGCGGACGACUCGGAUGAUGGCCUUUUUGCAAUCCCGUCAACUGAUAGCCAGACUCCAACGACGGAUGGAGAGUCUGAUUCAGAUGUCCAAACCCGGGAAGGCACACCUAGAAAACCGUCUCUCACUGUUGAUACGGAGUCAGGGUUAAAAGAGGAGUUGAUUGACCGCCUCACACUGGAAUCAUCGGACCUGCCUACUCCCCUUACCCAAGAUCCACCCUGCGAAGUAGAUCCAGAACAUGAAUUCUUGGAUGCGGAGCUUGACACCGAGUAUAAAGAGCGCUUUAGGGAUGGACGAAAAUUUCUCAACGAGACACCUCAUAACUUGCAGAAAUGCCUAUUGCGCUGGACGACACUCACGGUGGAUGAACUGGUGAUAGCGUGA